CUUCCGUGUAAUCGGGAAAAGAAGUAAAAAAGAAAAGAAAAGGGGAGUCGGAGAGAGCACCGGUAGCAUUAUUCCAAGCAGGUGGACCCGCGUGUCAUCCCCACUCUACAAAGCGCAAAAUCAUCAAGGGCCUUCGCCUCGGCGUGGAGGAGAGUGAGGACGGCCCACGCGGAGCAGCAGAGAGUGGCGGGCUCAGUGUCGGGCUCGCCGGAGUCCGGCCAAUCCGGCCGGUUCAUGCUUCAUUCUCUCGGUUCUGUCUUCUCAGUCCGUGUGAGUGUUUCAUCAUAUUGGCUACCAAGAUGAUCACUCUUCGUUUAUCAAGAGAGUAGGGUGAGAUCUCAAUCCGUUGCAACUGAUGAGUACUUCCUUCGUCUCAGAAUGACAUUAACCUGGUUUACUUGUAAGAAAGUAAAGCCAUGGACUCCUCAUACCAGCAUGACAAGCCUCUGCUGGAUGAAGAGAACUCCUCGCAAGUGACCCUUGAAUAUACAGGUGAUGGAUCUGUUUGCAUCCGUGGGCAUCCUGCUUUAAGGAAACAUACAGGGAACUGGAAGGGUUCCUCAUUAGCCAUCGUUUUUUCAUUCUGCUCUUAUCUGGCCUUUACUUCAAUUGUAAAAAACCUAGUCAGUUAUCUCACAAAAGUUCUACAUGAAACAAACGUGGCCGCUGCAAGAGAUGUUGCAACUUGGUCAGGAACAAGUUAUCUUGCACCUCUGGUUGGAGCCUUCUUAGCUGAUUCAUAUCUGGGGAAGUACUGUACAAUUCUGAUCUUCUGCACGAUCUUCAUUAUCGGAUUGAUGAUGUUGCUUCUGUCAGCAGCAGUUCCAUUAAUCUCUACUGGUCCUCACUCAUGGAUCAUAUGGACAGAUCCAGUCUCUUCUCAGAACAUCAUAUUCUUUGUCGGUUUGUACAUGGUUGCUUUAGGGUAUGGUGCACAGUGCCCCUGCAUAUCAUCAUUUGGUGCUGAUCAAUUUGAUGACACUGAUGAAAAUGAGAGAACAAAAAAGAGUUCUUUUUUCAAUUGGACCUAUUUCGUAGCCAAUGCGGGCUCAUUGAUCUCGGGGACUGUUAUUGUGUGGGUGCAAGAUCACAAAGGUUGGAUCUGGGGUUUUACCAUUUCUGCACUAUUUGUGUAUUUAGGUUUUGGUACUUUUAUCUUUGGCUCCUCUAUGUAUAGAUUUCAGAAACCUGGAGGAAGCCCUCUUGCGAGAAUAUGCCAGGUUGUUGUUGCUGCUAUUCACAAACGCGAUAAAGAUUUGCCAUGUGAUUCCUCAGUUCUUUAUGAGUUUCUGGGGCAGAGUUCAGCAAUCGAAGGCAGCCGAAAAUUGGAGCAUACAACUGGACUUAAGUUCUUUGAUAGAGCUGCAAUGGUGACACCAUCUGAUUUUGAAUCUGAUGGCCUACUAAACACAUGGAAGAUUUGCACAGUCACUCAAGUGGAGGAACUGAAGAUUUUGAUCAGGAUGUUCCCCGUUUGGGCAACGAUGAUAUUAUUUGCUGCAGUUCUGGACAACAUGUUUUCGACAUUCAUAGAACAGGGGAUGGUGAUGGAGAAACACAUCGGCUCUUUCGAAAUACCUGCGGCGUCCUUCCAAUCCAUUGAUGUCAUUGCUGUCCUUAUACUAGUUCCAGUCUAUGAAAGAGUCCUUGUUCCAGUGUUCAGAAAAUUCACUGGCAGAGCAAAUGGCAUUACUCCACUGCAGCGAAUGGGGAUCGGCCUGUUCUUUUCCAUGCUCUCCAUGGUAUCAGCAGCAUUGGUGGAGAGUAAUCGGUUGCGGAUUGCGCAGGAUGAAGGUUUGGUGCACAGGAAGGUGGCUGUUCCAAUGAGCAUCCUGUGGCAGGGACCCCAGUACUUCCUGAUAGGCGUGGGAGAGGUGUUCUCAAACAUUGGGUUAACUGAAUUUUUCUACCAGGAAUCACCGGACGCCAUGAGAAGCUUAUGUCUCGCAUUCUCACUUGCUAACGUUUCGGCAGGAAGUUACCUCAGCUCGUUUAUCGUUUCUCUUGUGCCAGUGUUCACAGCCAGAGAAGGCAGUCCUGGAUGGAUACCUGAUAACUUGAACGAAGGGCAUUUGGAUCGGUUCUUCUGGAUGAUGGCUGGCUUGUGUUUCUUGAAUAUGCUGGCCUUUGUGUUCUGUGCCAUGAGGUACAAAUGUAAGAAGGCUUCCUGAACCUUGUUAACAUUAGCAAUAUAAUGGUGGUGGAAAAGGACAAUUGUGUUGCAAAAGCAUGCACCCGUUUUCAUAUAUAAAAGUAAGAAAAUCUUGCUGCAAA